AUGUUCGCAGCACUUUCGUGGCUGCUCGACCUCGACCAAGGUCACGCGGCGUCCUCGUCGUCCACGUCCUCAUGCAGCAGUUACAGCGGCUCGUUGGACGCCGACGCAGGCGUCGAAACCGACCCGGCUGCCAACCAUACCACCUUUUCCGACGCCGGCGGCCAACUUCUGGCGGAGUUGCAUAUUUCCUCUGUCGCGGCGGCGACACUUUCCCGGAGCGCCAGCGAGGCUGCCGCUCCUCCCCGCGGUGCCGUCUACUCCUCAGCGCGGCAUCUGGAGGAGUCUUUCGCGGACCUCGAGGCGCGCAAGGCCGAAUUUUUUGCCCCGUCCCCGUGCCAGGAGCCAGCGGAGGAUGCGGGUCUCGGGCUGAGCUCCCUCACAGAGCGAGGCGGGACGCCCGUGUCGCCGUUGUCGUGCAAGAUUGUUCCAUUGGGGAGCCUGUGCGCCUACGCCAAUGAGACUGUGAGCCUGUCGCCGAUCGCGUCUCCAGUCCCUGCGCCAGUGUCGGCGACCGUCGCCACACUGCUUGCGCCGACACACGAGGACGAGCGGCUGCUUUUGGUGAGUGAGGGCGUGAUGCUCUCGGCUCGCUUGUCCUCCCCCAGCCGCGGCGGACCGCGAGCGGCAGCAGAGCGAGCCAAAAUUACCAACAACGACGGCUCUGCAACAGGCGCGAUGGGCGCGGGGGUGGCGGCGCCCACACAGCGAUCUCGCAUCCUCGACUGGGACAGGGAAAUGCACGCGCGACCGCAGGCGAGUCCGCCUCCCGGCCUUAGUGCUAACCGAGGCGAACGCGCUGUUCGCAGCGGCACAGGGGUGCAGGAGAGGAGCGAGCAGAUUGCUGAUGCCGAGCCUGGGGAAGCGCGGCUCGUACGCGGUGCAAUGAAGGCGGCGUUCAUGCUUUCUACACCCCCGCACACACCGGCUCUCGGCGCCGCCGCUUUCGCACCAGCUGCUGUGCCUCUGCACCCAUCACCCCCUUUUCUCGGCACCACCGUCGGCGCCCGCGACGCGGCGGUGCCUGGCUACUCGAUUGAGCGCAUACACGACACUCCUGCGCAGGAGGACUCCGGUGUGGUGUACCUCGCCGACGGGUUGGCGACCGUGACGUCAAUGGAUGUCGGUGAUCUGCACCGGCAGGCGGAACAGUCUUCGCCACCGCUGACGCAUCCGCUAGCAGCACAGUUGACGACGCCGUCUCACACGAAGCAGCCGCACUUCGACUUCUCCUGA